CAAGCUUACAUUUGGUUCAGUAUCUGGUGCGGGCGCGAGCUAGCGAUGGCUUCGGCGCCGGUUGAAAAAUCUCCAGAUGCAUUCCAAGAUGAAGACAAGCCAGGUCUUUGCCGAAAGUGUGCUGAAUCCAGUCUGGACUGCUUUGCCUUCCUCGGUCGCAGCACUGUUGCAACCGGUCGAAGUGCAUACGAGGUGACGCGGCAGUGUGCGUAUCCCGUCAAGGAAUCCUUGCUUUCUACUGCUGAUGGUGCGAGCAACUACUUGCACCCCUGGCAACAAAAGCUUCCAACCGACUCCCACUUGCCAACCUUCAGGAUGUGAAGGUUUCGGAGGGUAUUCAAGCUUUGGAGAUUCAGAAACAUCAAGUGGCCAAACCUGCUUCGGCCAAUGCUGCCUAGGCCUGGCCAUUGCUUUUAGCUGGUUUUAGCUUGGCCACAUUGUUACACGAGCUCAGUGGCAAACCCAUAUGAAUUUGAAUACAUUUCAUCUCUGGGACAUGCGGCCCUUGCCAAUCAAGACAUCGUUUGCAUAUCCCAGACUUUGAAUUCAACAGUGCUUCGCCAAAAAGGCAGCUCGAGGCUUGAACCGCCACCAAGCAGUUUCAGCCAAAAAAGACCUGCCAAAUGAUGAAGUGACAAGUGUCGUCCUUACAGUGAAGUUCGGUCACUGCGCAGCAGUCUUCUUUGAAAGGCGCUCAUAGUAAUC